AUGCAACAACAACAACCACAACAGGAUCCGUUGGAUGCUUAUACAUUGAUUAGAGACCUUAGAUCAGGAGGUGAAGGCAAGGCCAUCCUCAUGGAGAGGGAUGGUGUCAAGUAUGUCUGCAAACAAAGGAUAUUCGAAUCAGUCACAGAUGCCAAUGUUGGUCUCAAAGAGGCAUACUCAAUGGCAGGCAUUAAAGAUGAUAAUAUUGUAAAGUUUGAAGAGGUAUUCUUGAGGACUAUACCAGGCGACAAUCAUAUAUAUUUGUGCAUCAUUGUGGAGUACUGCCCCAAGGGUGACUUGUUGGACUUUCUUCACGAGUUGGUCUCGCUCAACUACGACUCGUCCACGACUUCAUCAACAGGCUCACUCGUAUCAGACUUUAGCGCCAGCUCAUUGUCCACCACACAAGGCGACGCCACUCAGACAUCACUGGCCAGCAUCACCAGUGGCGCCAGCAGUGGCUCAUUCUACCAUACCAACAGCAAUGGACCCGCCACUGGCAACGUCAAUGGCAACGUCAAUGGCAAUGGCGAGAACAACAAUCUUCAUCCACUUAGACCACAUCAAUCUUUGUCCGAUGGCAGCCAGAACUUCAUCUCGAGCGACAAGUUACUUUAUGUGUCCAUUGCCGAGAGACCCACGACAGUGUCAACGACAUCGCUAAGAGGUAUGCCCGAGGUGGUGACCGAGGAGCGUAAAUGUAUUAUAGCCCAUGCCAAAGAGUUGGUCAAGAAGAUCAUUGAUAAGGAGGCAUUAUAUCUCAGUAUUCAUCCACCAUCGUCCCCAAGCAAAGUUGCCAACAACAGUGGAAACAGCAGUGGUAACAGCGGAAACAGCAAGAAGACUACAUCAUCAUCGAAUACUACUACGAUUGGCACGACUACACAUAGUAUGAGCGAGUUGACAUCGGGUGCAUCGAGUACAUCAUUGAUGUCGCUGGGGUCAGAGUCGAGCGGCACGUUCCAGCGCGGCCAGGUACUGAUCCAGCGAGACAUAUUGUUAGACUGGUUGAUCCAGCUGUGUCUGGGCGUGCACGCGCUACACAAGGAGCGCCUGAUACAUCGCGACCUAAAGUGCGAGAACAUCUUCAUAUCGAUGGACGACAAGUUGAAGAUCGGUGACUUUGGCCUGGCCACCAAGAACACUGGCGGCCACGGCGGUCGCGUCGGCACCUACAUCUACAGCGCGCCCGAGGUCCUCGAGAACCAGGCGUACGACCGCUCGGCCGACAUCUUCUCGCUGGGCUGCAUCUUUUACGAGCUGAUCACACUCAAGCUGCUGGUGACCCACCGUCGCUACUUUGCCGAGGAGAUCAUCGAGCAGAGGUUCGACAAGAUGUCGUUCCUGGCCGACUUCCCCGAGAAGUUCACGCGACUCGGUCCCAUCGUUCUCAAGAUGCUCGAUCGCAACCCCUCGCUGCGUCCCUCCAUUGAGACCAUCAUCGCACAGAUCAAGGGCGACUAUGACAUUGGACAAGACCUUCGUCUGCGACUCAAGAAGGAGAACUCAUUCCCUGGCAUCCGUCGUCAACUCUCAAAGAACGACCACAAGGAGUUUGCUGCACUCUUUGCCCGCGCCUUCAAAAACGACCCUCGCUACGUUGCUCUCUUCCCUCCCGAGGAGCCCAACUCACACAAGUUACUCCUCGAGCUAAUGUUAUUCACUGCCAGGUGUUUCCACAAGCAGAACUCAACAUUUUGGGGAUACUUUGGAAAGGAUGGCAAGAUGAAGUCGGCAUGUGUAUGGUUUAGCCCAGACAACAAGAAGGAGAUUAGACUUGGAGAUAUAUUUGUUGGUGGAAUGAAGUUUGUAUCCAAGGCUGGCAUCCUUAGAUCUAGGAAGGGAAUGAAGAUGAUGGGCGCCAUCAAGGACAUUGUCAUGGCCAACGAUGAAGAGAAGCAUUGGGCAUUGGCAUACAUUGGAACAGAUGAUGAUUGCAGGAAUAGUGGAUUGGGAACGUACUUGUUGGAGCCAGUGCUGGAGUGGGCAGAUCACUCUGGAUACCAGUGUAAGACAUUCACUUUUGAGAAGAAGUCUAUGCCAUUCCUGCAACGUAUGGGCUUUGAGUUGACAAAGGAGAUUGUUGGAGCAUGUGGCCUACCCAAAUCGAUUGAGGCCGUCCACGUCCUUGUCCGUCAGCCAGUCAAGCGUAACAACAACUGA